AUGGAUGCAUCGGCGCCGUCAGAAGAGUAUUAUAAUGAUACGAUAUCAGGUCAUGUACUUCAUGGACGUACGGGGUCGAUUGGAGGAACGACGGGGGAGCAACGAUGGCCGACGUAUAAUCGGGGGAAUUUAGAGCAUAAGCAUGGACCAAUGUUUGAGCAUGAAGCGGAAUGUACGACGUUUUCAGGGUUACCACCGCUUUCACAAGCAUUUAAUGCAUAUCCACAUUAUCCUCGAAUGGGGGGUAAUUAUGUAGAUACGCCGUAUUCACCUCAUACACAAAAUGCGAUUCAUUUAGGGCAAUCGCAUGCGGUAGCGGUGGCGUCUAGAGGAGCGCAAGGGCCGUAUGGAUAUAAUACAUCGUCUAAUGAUUUACAUGGUUAUUUCGGUCAUAAUCCUUCGAAUGAGGAGCUUUUUCCAUCAAAUCCUCAUUAUGUGAAUCAUCCGCCGUCAACAUCAUCGGGAAAUCUUGGGUCUACAGCAAUUGGAACAACGCCACCAUUAGGAUCCUCACUUAAUUCGAAUUCAAAUACAUCAUUGAACUCAGUUCCAUCGAAUACAGCGACAUAUCCACAAUCUAGUCUUGAUUCACGAUUACCAAUGAAUGGUCAGCCCCAUCGGCUUUCAUCUGCAUAUUCAUCUAAUUUAGUUCAUCCAUCUAUUGCGCCAUUAGCAACAGAAUCAUCGGCACAACAUUUUUGGCCGAAUUAUGCUAUGCAUGGUCAUACAGUAGCAGAUCGUACUACAUCGAAUAAUGGAUUUAGGUCAUCUUCACCGAUUAAUGCCCUUAGACAGCCUAUGACGAUGCCGACUGGAAUGAAUUUGCCAUAUAAAGCAUCGAAUAAAGUGAAACAAAUAUAUUCGUUUGUUCCGUUGCCUGGUGCACAAACACAAAAACGUCCACGACGACGUUAUGAUGAGAUUGAACGAAUUUAUCAAUGUGGAUGGAAUGGUUGUGAAAAAGCAUAUGGCACAUUGAAUCAUUUGAACGCGCAUGUUUUUAUGCAAGGGCAUGGCGAAAAGCGUACACCUGAUGAAUUUAAGGAGAUCAGGGCUGUUUGGAGAGCAAAAAAGAAGGAAGAAAUCAAGAAAAAGCAAGCAGAAGAUCAAUUGCGCCAGGAAGAGCAAAAACGGCAUGCAUUGCCCUCUCCACAGCUUUCUCGACAACUUUCUUCGAUUCCAGAAUCACAGUCGCAUCCGCCUAAUUUAUCGCAUGUUGUAUAUGCUCAUUUACCUCAGCCAUUACCAAACGUAUAUCCUUAUCAUCCUCAGCAAACGCCACUUUCAGAAUCUUCUCAUCAACACCCUUAUCCGGCAUCAACGUAUCAUACAUCCUUAUUACCUCAUUUAAAUCAAUAUACAGCUCAACCACAAUCUUAUCCAAGCAACAAUAGAGACUUUAAAUCACAUGCUGAUGAGGAGGAUCGGGAUGCAGAAGGAGAGCCUGAUCCUGAAACUUCUGGAUAA